GGCGCGGCGCGCCGGGGACAGCGGCGGACGGCGGCGGCGGCAUGCGGCUUCUAGUGCUGCCCAUCGUGGGCUGAGACGGCCUCAGCACGGGCAGGAGGCGCGGCGGCCGGCGAGCCGAAGGCGCAGCCAGCCGGGCAGACCGUGGACAGCGGUCAGGGCGCCGCGCCAUGGGUCGAGCUGGGGGCCGGGGCCGGGGGCCGCCGCCGCUGCUGUUGCUUCUGGGGGCCACGCUUGUCCUCGUCUCCGGUGCCGCGCCGGCGCGUGAGGCGGGCAGCGCCGUCGAGGCCAACGAGCGCGUGAAGAGCACCCAGGCGUGGGAGCCGCAUGCCAACAUCACGCGGGAGAAUGCCAGCCCACCAGCAGCUGGGGAAGAUGCAACCUCGUGGACCGUGCCUGAAGGCGAGCAGGCCGUGGUGGGCGCUGGGGUCGGGCCAGAGGAUGUGUUGGAGGCGUCAGCAGCGGUGACUGGCUCCGUCUGGCUGGAUGCCGACAGCCCAGGCCUGGGCGGAGUGACUGCAGAGGCGGGCAGUGGAGACACCCAGGCCCUUCCAGCCACGCUCCCGGCUUCAGACGAAGCCCUGGGACAGUCAUCCAUGCCUCCCACCAUCCCUGAGGCUACAGAGGCCAUCGGACCACCCUCCCCAACUCCUGCCCACAAGCUGAGCUCAGGCCCAGAACUCCCCAGGGAGAACCCCUUGGAGGUUUGGCUGAACCUGGGAGGCAGCACACCUGACCCUCAUGGGCCAGAGCCCACGUACCCCAUUCAGGGCACACUGGAGCCCCAACCGGCAUCAGAUAUAAUUGACAUCGAGUACUUCGAAGGAUUGGAUGGUGAGGGCCGUGGCGGGGACCUGGAGAGCUUCCCGGAGUCUCCAGGAACCUCAGAGCACCACCCAGAUAAUGGGGGGGAGACCCCUUCUUGGAGCUUGCUUGACUUAUAUGAUGACUUCACCCCCUUUGACGAAUCUGAUUUCUACCCCACCACGUCCUUCUAUGACGACUUGGAGGAAGAGGAGGAAGAAGAGGAGGAUGGCAAGGCCACAGUGGGAGGUGGGGACCUAGAAGAUGACAAUGACUUUCUAGAGCCCAGUGAGAAGCCUGGGCUGGGGGCUGGGACAGGCCAGCCCACCAGUCGGUGGCAUGCUGUCCCUCCACAGCAUACUCUGGGCAUGGUCCCCGGCAGCAGCAUUGCCCUCCGGCCGGGCCCUGGAGAGCCAGGCAGGGACCUGGCCCCAAGCGUGAAUGGCACUGAGUGCCGCAGCGGGUUUGUGCGGCAUAAUGGCUCCUGCCGGUCAGUGUGCGACCUCUUCCCAAGUUACUGUCACAAUGGCGGCCAGUGCUACCUGGUGGAGAACAUAGGGGCGUUCUGCAGGUGCAACACGCAGGACUACAUCUGGCACAAGGGGACACGCUGUGAGUCCAUCAUCACCGACUUCCAGGUGAUGUGCGUGGCCGUGGGCUCGGCCGCCCUCGUCCUGCUCCUGCUCUUCAUGAUGACGGUGUUCUUCGCCAAGAAGCUCUAUCUGCUCAAGACGGAGAACACCAAGCUGCGUAGGACCAACAAAUUCCGGACCCCAUCUGAGCUCCACAACGAUAACUUCUCCCUCUCCACCAUUGCUGAGGGCUCUCACCCAAAUGUAAGGAAACUUUGCGACACUCCCCGUACCUUCUCCCCCCAUGCCCGUGCCUUGGCUCACUAUGAUAACGUUGUCUGUCAGGAUGAUCCUAGUGCUCCCCACAAAAUCCAAGAAGUUCUCAAGUCCUGCCUGAAAGAGGAGGAGUCAUUUAACAUCCAGAACUCCAUGUCGCCCAAACUCGAGGGUGGCAAAGGUGACCAGGCUGAUUUGGAGGUGAACUGUCUUCAAAAUAACUUAACCUAAAGCAGAGCAAGAAGAGAGGAAGAGGGGGGCGGGGGUGGGGGGUGGAAGAACCAUUACUCCUCUUGUACAGUCUGUUUCUUGUAACCAUUUGUUAAACUCUUUCCCUUUCCUGAUCUCAUGGCUUUGAUGUAUUUUGUACAGGAGGGAAAAAACACAAAAUAAGCAAAGAACCUAAACAGAAUUGCAUUCACUGGAUCGUUGGUCUGUGCUGUCUGUGCAUCGCUUCUGCUGCUGUGAUUUCUAAACCUGUGCUGUUACUCAACUGCCUUUGUUUUUGUACUUUGAUCCACCUUUUUUUGAAAUUCCAGUACAAAACAAAGUUCUUGAAAUAAAACUUUUUAAA